GACUGUGCUUCGGCAUCGCUUGUCAUGUUUCUGUUAUCUGUUUAUUUUAGUGACAAAAUGUAAUUAAUUAUUAUUGUUUUGUAUGAAAUUACUUAAUAAAAACGGCCAAAAUUACAUCUUAGCGCCAAAUGGCGGCCGUGUCGUUGAACACUAUGAACAAUGUAGUGCAAAAUCAAUUAACUCGCUCUCUAGAAAAGAUUUUGGAGGAUGCUAAUUUAAGUGGUGAAUUAAAGUUGAGCGGACGAAAGUUGAAGGAGUUUCCGAAGGGAAAAUAUAAUUUAAGUGAUACAGUAUUUGCUGAUCUUUCCAAAAAUCGCUUUUGCGAACUUCCAAAUGAUGUGACUGCAUUCCACUUUCUGGAACGACUUCUAUUGUAUCACAAUGCUAUCAGAAACAUACCUGAAUCUGUCGGCGCCUUACAGUCUCUAUCCUACUUAGAUCUAAGCCGAAAUCAUCUGACGACUCUGCCCCGCGAAAUAUGUCUCCUUCCCUUAGAGGUGCUCCUGGUGUCGAACAACCGCCUGGUCAGUUUGCCGGACGAAUUAGGGCGGAUGAGUCAGCUUAGCGAAUUGGAUGCCAGUUGUAAUUUUCUAGCCCAUCUUCCUGUGCGAAUCGGCGAACUCAGGAAAUUGAGAGUUCUCAAUCUCCGGAGCAAUGCCCUCGUGUAUCUUCCUUUAGAAGUCGUAAACUUGAAAUUAGUGUCAUUAAAUCUAAGCAGCAAUAGAAUAUCCAUGCUACCCGUCGAAAUGAGGCUAAUGGAAAAUUUAAUAGAAUUGGAUAUUUCUCAUAAUCCUUUGACGGUCCCACCUGCUAAUUUAUGCGAGAAAGGAAUGGUCCACAUCUUCAAAUAUCUAGAGACUCAGUAUAUCAAAAACGGUGGAGGUCCCUUCAAACAAAUCGCUAUGACGACAGCAGCAAAUGCAAGGAUAGCACGUACAACUGCAAGUCCUAUUUCGACACCAACAAAAACUUACACGAAUCGUACAUUGCAACCAAAUACAUUGGAUAGUCUGAAAAGUAAAAGGCCUCAUGUGGACAGCGGGUACUGUACCAGUGAUGGCUUUGAUAAACAUUGGAUCGAAGAUGUACAUGAUGCGAAUGCAGAAACGUUUGAUUUAUAUCAAAAUUUGUCUUCAUCUUUGUCUUCCAACUCAUCUCAAGACACAAUAACACCUUUGAGUGGGGCUCCUUUGGCAUCUAGUGAAAGUCGAAGUGGGAGUUCCACACCAUCAACCAUAUCACCUGGACCGUCUGAAAUUACUGCAAACAGAGAACUGUCGGAUGACAGGCUUGCUAAUAUACAAACUUAUAGAGAGUAUAAAGAAGCCCUAAGGCAGCAAAGACAACUCGAUGGCCACAUAGUCUACAGAUCUAAGGAACACACUCCACCUACACCUCAAACUCCCGAAACCAACUUCCAAACAACUCUAAUGAACCAAAAUCCCGACCACAAGUUUAUUGCGAGUUCUCCAAAUACUCCACUCAGUUCCAGGCGAGAUUACAGUCACAACGAUCACUCAAACUCAUUAAACCAUCACCAAGGAAUGCAACAGAUCUCAAAAUACAUGAACGGUUACACCAACGGCCAACCAAAUGGUGUAAAUGGUUCUCAAAGCCCAAUUGCAUCAGUCAACCCCAUGCUGAAUGGAAAUUCCGUCAGUCGCAAACCUGUGCAAAAAGUUACACCAUCCAGAAACAUUGUAAAUGACAUCACACUUGAACAGAAUAAAAUAAACUCCAUGACAUCACCUGAUAACGAGAAAUCGGAUUCAGUGAAAAAUUCGCCCCAAUCUCCAUAUAAAACAUUUGCUAAUAAGAACGAUAUAUACGUUAAGCCGAAUUCGCCGAUUAAAAAUUCUAGUAAUAUUUUAAGUCAUAAUAACGUUCCGGUAGCCAACCGGAAUGGUUUGACCAAAAACGGGAACAAGAGUGUUACUUGGGAGAGUAAUUCUCCUGAUAAAUUAGAUAAAUUUAGUUUCACAAUGAAGAGGGAAUUUGAUAAGCAAAAGGAGGAGACUGAGCUGAUAGACCAAUUACGUAAUAUAAUUGAAUCACGUCUAAAAAUGACACUGCCACAAGAUCUUGGAUCAGCCUUAACCGAUGGUGUUGUUUUGUGUCACUUGGCAAACCAGGUUUCGCCCAGGGCUGUUGCCACAAUUCAUGUGCCAAGUGCCACUGUUCCAAAAUUAACGAUGGCAAGGUGCAGGAGGAAUGUUGACAAUUUUCUGGAGGCUUGCAGGAAAAUAGGCGUUGAGGAAAAAAUCGAUAAGUAUAAAAUUUUAUAUUAAUUAUUAAACGAAUACGAAUUGACAUAUUAAAACCCCAUAAAGGCAACAUAUUGAAUUGUAAAUGAGAAUAUAUUCGGUUAAGUUUUAGAGUAAGGAAAUAAUUGACUACUAUAUGCUACGACGGUUGAAUUAAGAAGGAAAACGUGAUAAUACAUUAUUAUGCUCAAUUUUAUUUUUGCAUAAAUGAUUAUUUUAUUUUUUCUUGUGUGUGAUAUCUUUAAUUUAAAGUUUUACAAUAUAUAAAUAUUGUUGCAUCAUUUUUUAAUAUAAAUUUGGAUUACAUGACAUUAUACAGGGUAGGUUAGUAUGAAAUAAUUUUUAUUUUUCAUUAUUUUAUAUAUAAGAAAUAUGUACUGAUUUAUUAUGCCAUGGUAAUAAUUAGAGAGAAGAUGGAUUUUUACACGAAUUUUGAAGGAAAUAAUCACUGGUGCGAGAAUUCAAAAUGUUUAUAUACUUUUUAUAAAAUUAUGUAUAUAGAAUUAAUUUAGAAUAUUUUAGGGGGCGUCCAUUAAUUACUUGGUGUUUGAAGAGGAGAGGGGGGGGCGCUUUGAAAAAAAAUCACGUGAGGUGAAGAAGGUCUAAGUUAUUAAAAAAAAUUAAUUUUCACAUUUUUAUGUGCUAAAGAUACACGUAAAGUUUGGAGGAAAAGUUGGAAGGUAAUUUUAAUUUUUAUUCCAAAAAUCUUCAGAAAUUGAUCACGUGAUUAAUGUACGCCCACUUUAUACAAAAUUUAUACAAAGGCUUUGGCACAGAUUAUCAGACAAAUCAGAAAAUUCCACAAAAAAGCAAAAAAUAUUAAAGAUUAAUAAUGAAUAUUAAAAAUUUUAGAGAUUUUCACGUUU